CAUUGACUCAAGCCAACUCACACCCAACGUGCACCUAAUCGCACCUCACUCACUUCACUCAAGUUCGGUAUACAUUGCUGUGAGCCAGGCUCAGCAUUUAGUUAAUAUGGGCAAGGUUUACUCACAUGUGGCAUGGAGGAUAUCAAGGAAUUUGAAUGUGGAAAAUCGUGCUCAGAAAAUAAUAACUCAAGAAAAGAUCCGACCACCUCCAAAGUAUAAGGCCAAUGAAGAAUUCCUCAGUAAAUUAAGAGAAGAGCGUCCAGAAUUGGCAACAGAACUGGAGAAAAAAGAUACAGAACUGUUGAAGAGACUUGAAAAUGUCUAUGUUACAUCAAAGGAGCCACCAGACAUGCCGGUGCAGCGGGAGCGGGCGGCCAACCUGCCGGUGGACCGGACGCCGCCCGAGCUGCCCACCUUCGGCUACACGGAGCCGGAGCGCGUGCCCUACGGCCGCGCCACGCUGCGCACCGUGGUCGGCUUCGUGUCGGCGCACGCCGAGCGACCCGACCAGGUCACGCCCGCCUCCAUCGCCGCCACACACAAGCUGGACGAGCGCGUCGUCGAGGACAUCCUGAAGCACUUCAAGAUGAUGCAGAUGCACGCGCCUCAGUCGGAGACGGGUCAGAUUGAGGAGCUCGACUGGACCUCCAAGGACCCGCUGUCGGAGGUGGAGUUCCUUCAGGCGCAGGAGAGCGGCAAGCGGCACAUCAGCUUCCCGAAGCUGGACAAACCCCGCGACUCGCCGACGCCCGCGGGGCCGACUGGAGGGCCCGCCAGUCCGGCCGGGUAGCUGCUCACAUAACACUAGGAUAAUGUCACCGUGUUGUGAUGAUUGUUGGAUUGUUUUGCGACGUCUUGAUGUCACUGUGUGACGCCGUAGUGUGACGUGUGACGCCGUAGUGUGACGUGUAACGUGUCAGUGUGACGCCGCAGAGCUGGUGCUAGGGAAUGUUCUUUGUGACAGCUGAUGUACGCCAUCUUGCCGAGUUGCUGUCGCCUUCAUGCACGGAGGCCAUGAAUGUGAAAUACAUGACUGAAUCUGUG